UUGUUGUUCCCCUAAACUAUUGUCACAAAUUCAUGACUCAAUGAUGAAUGUUUUUAAGUGGGUUUGUUCAAUGAUGUAUGCACGUUUGUUGUUCGACGAAAUGCCUCACUGACUUGUUUCCAUUAGACUGUGUUUGGUUGGGGGAUUUGGGAAGAGAAAUAAAAAAAAGUAGGUGAAAUAUGAAUAAAUAUACCUAUAUUUCACCUUUUGCAUUUCCUCAAAACCCAAUUGAUAGAUACUCUUCAAUUUAAUUAUGGGAAUAUUGUGACAACUUUUGCAUUCUAAAGUUGUCAGCUGCUUGGAUAAUAUGGAUUUGGUGACUAGUCGGGAGCAUAGAUUUGGGUAGCUUCAAGAUCAGUUUGGGACUAGAAAUAAAUUUUGAAAGUGGAGUAAUUUGUGUAUUUUUCUGAGUAAAAAAGUAAAUUUUGCUUAUUUGCAUAUAGUAAUAAGAAAAUUUUUAAUUGUAUAUGCCAAAUCCAGAAUUUUUGUUUGCAAAUUUGGGGAUGGGGUUAGAGAGCUUUGCUAAUAUUCAAGAAUCUUGUUGCAGUGGUUGGGGAGUGUCCUUGGAAUUUUCUUUUAUCCAUCGGUUUCAGAAAAAUGGUUGCAGGACCGAUGGGUUCAAGGCGAGUAAUAUCAACAUUGCCUCAUCUAUGUAACAGAAUUAAACAGACAGCAGAAAAUGAAAUUGUCCAAAUGUUCCGCUUGUCAAGUCCAAAAGAUGAAACACCAAGCUUGCCCACAAAUCGAACACUGUCACGGAACAACCGCUCAGUAAGGACAUUGGAUGAGAGAUUCAUAAGGAUUUUGAAGAUAUUUAAGUGGGGGCCUGAUGCAGAAAAGGCUUUGGAGGUUCUCAUGCUGAAAGUGGAUCAUCGAUUAGUUCGUGAGGUUUUGAAAAUAGAUGUUGAGGUCAAUGUUAAGAUCCAGUUUUUCAGGUGGGCUGGGAAGAGAAGGAACUUUGAACAUGACUCCACCACUUACAUGUCUCUAAUUCACUGUUUAGAUGAAGCUGGACUGGUUGGAGAAAUGUGGAAGACAAUCCAGGAACUGUUUAGGAGUACAUGCCUCAUCUGUCCAGCUGAUUUAUCUGAAAUUGUGAGAAUUUUGGGCAAGGCUAAAAUGGUGAACAAGGCACUCUCCAUCUUCUACCAGAUGAAAGGUCGCAAAUGCAAACCAACUGCAAGCACUUACAACUCCAUAAUCUUGAUGCUAAUGCAGGAAGGUCAUCAUGAAAAAGUCCAUGAGCUUUAUAAUGAGAUGUGUAAUGAAGGUAAUUGUUUCCCUGACACAGUAACAUACAGCGCGCUUAUAUCAACAUUUGGGAAAUUGGGUCGCGAGGAUUCUGCUAUUAGGUUGUUUGAUGAAAUGAGGGAGAAUGGAUUACAUCCAACUGCAAAAAUUUAUACUACUUUAAUAGGGAUCUACUUCAAGUUGGGUAUGGUUGAAAAAGCUUUAGGUUUGGUCCAGAAAAUGAAAGAAAAGGGUUGUGCUCCAACUGUUUAUACAUAUACAGAAGUAAUAAAGGGACUUGGAAAAGCUCAGAGGGUCGAAGAGGCGUACAGUAUCUUUAUGAACAUGCUCAAAGAGGGUUGUAAGCCAGAUGUCGUGCUAAUAAACAAUGUAAUAAACAUUUUAGGCAGAGCAGGUCGUUUGGCUGAUGCUAUUAGGCAUUUUGAAGAUAUGGAAUCCUUGCAUUGCACGCCCAAUGUGGUGACAUAUAACACUGUUAUUAAAGCUUUAUUUGAAUGCAAAGCUCCUGCAUCCGAGGCUUCUUCAUGGUUUGAAAGGAUGAAGGCAAAUGGUGUUACUCCUAGCUCUUUUACUUAUUCAAUUCUUAUUGAUGGGUUUUGCAAGACUAAUAGGGUAGAGAAAGCUUUGUUGUUGCUUGAGGAGAUGGAUGAAAAGGGUUUUCCUCCCUGUCCAGCUGCCUAUUGCAGCCUUAUCAACACUCUUGGAAAAGCAAAGCGGUAUGAAGCUGCAAAUGAAUUAUUUCAAGAACUCAAGGAGAAUUGUGGAUCUUCAAGUGCUCGGGUAUAUGCAGUGAUGAUCAAGCACUUUGGGAAAUGUGGGUGUCUCACCGAGGCUAUAGAUCUUUUCAAUGAAAUGAAAAAACUUGGGUGCAGUCCUGAUGUCUAUGCAUAUAAUGCGCUUAUGUCUGGGAUGGUAAGGGCUGGAAUGAUAGACGAAGCUUACUCGUUGCUUCGAACCAUGGAAGAAAAUGGUUGUUUUCCAGAUUUAAAUUCACAUAACAUCAUUCUAAAUGGGUUGGCUAGGACGGGUGGUCCACAACGAGCAAUGGAGAUGUUUACAAAGAUGAAGAAUUUGAAAAUAAAGCCAGACGCUGUUUCUUACAAUACUGUCCUUGGCUGUCUCAGCCGUGCCGGCAUGUUUGAGGAUGCUGCAAAGCUGAUGAAAGAGAUGCAUUUAAAUGGUUUUGAAUAUGAUCGUAUAACAUACUCAUCAAUACUCGAGGCGGUAGGUAAGAUUGAUGAAGUUCGUGCAGAUACAAUACCGUGAAAGAAAACCUGGUAUAUAUUCUUGGUGAUACACUGAUUAGGUAAUUGACAUAGUAGACACAAGAAAAUGGUCCAUACUCCAAGAUGAGCAUGUCAUUUUGACUGCAUAGAGAGAGCACAAACCUGCACCAGAAUGCAUCGGAGUACUGAUGAGUGGUGAAAUUUCAGGUGAAGAUAGGCGGAAGAACGUUGAGGCUUGAGCCCUUAGUUCUCCAUUAUAAAUGGCCAAAGGGCACAAAACUCUUUGCAACUGUCAAAAGUGUAUUUGAAUGCAGGUUGCGCAGAGGCUUCUACAUUUUAAAUUGCAAAUGGGCAGAAGUUAUGAAGAAUUUCACAGGUCAAAUUGUUGAUAGACCAACUAGUUGUAAAACUACCAAAGGAUGUUAUGAGAAUCAUAUAUGUUAUAUAUGAUCAGGCACCGAUUCUUUUCCCAAGUGAAUUCAGAGUGAAGUAUAUGGCUACUGUCAUUUACGAGAUCUGUAGAAUUUAAGUGAAUACAUAAUUUUUAUAGUGCAUUUCUGCAAGGUAACUUGGCAGAAUUAUACGCUUGACUUUGUUUAAUUUUUUUUUUUUUGGUUUUGUUUUGUUUAAGUUCUACAUUGAGUGAAAACAAUGCCCUGAUGUGUUAUUUCAUGUAAAGAAUGAUGAUUAUGUUUUUCAGUCUUGGGAUUUAGCUAGCAACUUUUGUAUAUCUGUCACUGAGAUAUAUAAA